AUGUACAGUGUACAUGUGACACCAGGAAGAUCCACGGAGAGAAAGAAAAACUCGGCUGACAUGGAUAAUGAAAUCAGAACGUAUGGAAGACGGAGGAAGGAAUCGAUUUCUGUGAAGCUGGUAAACUACAUCCGUUCGCAGUUUCAAUCGGAUACUAUGUCGGAAGGAGAACUUGAAGGACUCGGGGGCGUUUUAGGGAGUUCCGGGGGCGCCGCGCUCGCUCUUAGCGGUCGACACAAACCGGAGGAGCUUGCCACUCUCGCGGCCACCACGAGAUUUUCGCGGAAGGAGAUCCAACUGAUCUACCGAGGUUUCAAGCAGGAAUGUCCGAGUGGUCUGGUUGACGAAGAUGCCUUCAAACAGAUCUUCUCGCAAUUCUUUCCACAGGGAGACGCAAGUCAAUAUGCUCAUUAUGUCUUCAAUACCAUGAAGAGGAAACCGUCCGGCAAGAUAAGUUUUGAGGAAUUCCUCACUAUACUGUCGAAGGUGUCAAGAGGAUCGGUGGAAGAAAAACUGCAAUGGGUAUUUGGUUUGUACGAUCUGGAUGGCGAUGGCUUGAUAAGCAAGGAGGAAAUGCUGGAUGUUGUGGGCUCCAUUUAUGAGAUGUUGGGUCGUUAUACGCAACCGCAAAUCCAUGAGCCGCACGUGGCCGCUCGCGAACAUGUCGAUCGUAUCUUCCAUUUGAUGGACGCGAAUAAGGAUGGUGUAGUGACCAUCGAAGAGCUGGUGCAGUGGUGCUCCAAAGACGAGCAAUUGUUGCGAAGUCUCGAUACUCUGGACACCGUAUUAUGAGAAAUUAACACUCUAUCAGAAAUUUCAGUAUCAGAUUAUCAACUACGCUUUGAGCAAUGAUUAUGAAAUAUCAUAAACCUAUCGAGUCUUCUCUUAUUUAAAGAUGAGGGGAAAUUGUAG